UUGCGCAGUGUACAGAAUAAAGAGCUUAGGCAAGUGCGCAUGCAUUUGGAGAAAUUGGAUAUGGGACAGAAUUUAAUAGAUGUCUUGGAUACGGAUUGUUUUCAAACCAACUAUUCGGAUGUACAUAUACGGGCAUUGAAUUUGGAAAAGAAUUAUAUUAGAGAAUUACCGGCCGCAGUGUUUAAGGAGAUAGGUAUAGUGCAUCUGGUAUUGGCCUUCAAUGUUAUCGAACGUAUUCACAUCCAAGCCUUUGAGGGUAUAGAGGAUUCUUUGGAGUAUUUGGAUUUGGAAAGAAACUAUUUGAAUUCAGUGCCGGGAGCUUUAAGAAAAUUGAAUAAGUUAAAGUAUUUAUACUUAACGUCCAAUAAUAUUUGUCAAUUACAAAAUCUACCAGAGAAUACGGAUCAUUUAAGAGUGUUGUCUUUAUCGGGCAAUAAUUUUACCAUGAUUCCUGUGGUGGGUUUAAAGAAUUACACCAAUUUGUCGUAUUUAAAUAUGGGUUACAAUUCCAUAACUGAUAUACCGGAGGGCAUAUUUUUGGUGGAUGGCUGGGGCUCUAAUUUGCAGACGAUAUUGUUAAGGAAUAAUAAAAUUACUCAUUUGCAUUUGGGCUCCUUUGCGGGAUUGGAUCAGAUACAGGAAAUAUCUUUAAGUUUCAAUGACAUUAAUAUUCAUCAUCCUAUGGUUUUUGAAAAUGUUUCAAAAUCUUUGAAAAUAUUGGAAUUAUCUUUUGCGGUAUUUCCGGCGCGCAGCAUGGAAUCCAUAGAUCCUUUAGAUGCUUUAUAUCCUUUGUCACAACUUAUGUGGUUGGGUUUGGAUAACAACAAUCUUAAGAGCUUAAACAAUGAAUCGUUUUCGAAUAUGAGAGAACUUUCCUACAUCAAUUUGGGUUUUAAUCAAUUGAAAUCUUUGCCCAAAGGUUUAUUCAUACCCGAUAUACAUUCUCAUUUGGUGGAAAUCGAUUUGGGCUAUAAUUCUCUGGAGCGUAUAGCAGCGCGAACAUUUUAUAAUUUGGGUGAUUUACAGACUUUAAAUUUGCAGUCGAAUAAAAUUAAAAUCAUAGAAAAAGAUGCCUUUUACAAUUUGGAAUUUCUAAGAUAUAUUGAUCUUUCCUUUAACAAAAUAUCCAAUAUAUCGCAUCAGGCUUUUACAAUAUUACCCAACUUGGCUUCUUUGGACUUAAUGUUUAAUAAUCUGUGUUCUUUUUCCCUGAAAGCAUUUCAUUUUGUUUCCAACACCACCACUCCUUUAAAGCUGAACUUAACCUAUAAUCGCAUAGCAUACUUUGAGGAUAUAUUGACUUCUUAUAUGUACAUCUAUCAUUUGGAUAUGAGCAAUAAUUUAAUCUCACGCACCGAUAGUUUUACCAAUUUGGCAAAUACCUUAAGAUUCCUAAACUUGGCCAACAAUGAUAUACAAUCUUUGGCCAAUCAU